UAUUCGGCGGAACGUGAUUGAUUGAUCAAUUUAAAUCAAGUUGCGCCAUUGCUAACACGAUGCGAAAAUGUGGAAACAAAAUAUGGUAACGCUGUCAAACAAAUUCUGUUUUCUACAAAAGCUUUUUAAAUAAGUGCUCGCAACAAAAAAAUUGUUGCAUUUAUCAAACUUAGGAAUAACGUUGAUUAAGAAAAAAAGUGCCCAACUGCCCAAAUCCCCCCUAUGAAAAACAGGACCUGUAACAUCGACAAAUAAAAGCGGUGUUAUUUAAUUGAAAAAAUUACUGGUAUUGUCCAAAAUGAGAUAGACGUGUAAUUUUGCCAAAGAAGAAACUGACAUAAUGAAUAAUAGAGGUCUACAGCAUUUAUCUGACAAAGCCACCGCCGGACACUGUAAAUAUUUUUAGGACUAAGAAAAAAUUAAACGUUAACCUAAUCGGUUUUGACAACUCAUCCCUAAAGAUAAACACAAACAUCAGACACACCAAACUAAAUAAGAAGUAACGAAAUUCAAUAAUCUAGAAAUAAGAAAAACAAAGAUUUUUUAACGUUUCAAUAACCCUCGAACACAUGUCGGUUCCCUUAUUAUGUACCCUAGUCUAGAGUCUCAUAAUCACCCUCCACAAUCGAUACAAUUACUGUUACAUUGCAACUGCGGAAUGUACCAACCAUUCUAUCACUCGAUCUACCGUCCACCGUUCAUGCCUCCCUACAUCCCUCAACCACUGCCAAGACCGUAUCACUUACAACACUACCAGUACACCCAGUUCGUUAGUCCUUUCAAUGUGCCUAAUUCAAACCCCGCAGCAGUCAUACCCUCACAAACUGUACAGCAAAAUACCAACAAUCAGGUCACCUCAACCCCUCUUGAUCUGCCCUUCGGGCCUCCGCCCAGAGAUCGCAGAGUUUUGGACAGGCAGGAGAAUCAGGAAGAAGAAAUUGAGUCAAUUACGUCUCUUAGAAAGAACGUUGGAACUGCUCGUGUAGAUAAUUUACCCAUGACUCUGUCACAGCCGUUACAAAAUCUCACCGGCGGCAUUGAUAUGAGUAACUUGGCCCUCCUGAAAAACUCGUUGGACAUGUACGAUCUCCAACGAACUGAAAACUUCACGAAUAUGCUCGAGUUAGGAUGCUCAUUGGCAGAAAGCAUCGCCGUAAGAAACCAACACAGACCUUGCUUCAAGAACAUCCAAAAUCUUUGCAGUCGCACCAGGGGAGAAAUACUCAAACCCAACACGACCCAUGCCAACAUACACUCCCAGGGGAUACCGUGGGCCACCAAAGAUUUUAUUUAUGCGUUUGUACGAGCCGUUAAUUGCUGGUACAUACUCAACGGGUACAUGGGCGAGAUCGAUCCCAAGCUCGGUAAAAUUGAGAAGGAGAUCUCACCCGAAUUCCGGGAGUGUUACCAAAACUGGGAGACCCACACCAAAAAGCUUACGAGACAUUUGAUAAAAGUGUUUUCAAGUCUCGAUUCCAUUGUCAGUAACUUGAGCACUUUCUCUCAAAACCAGUCGACCAAUGUGGUCCUCAACAAGACCAUAGGAAGCAGGAUGUUGCAAAGAAAACCCGGAGGAGGUGAUGAAAUUGAAGAGUCGGCCACUUCUUCAGGUUUUUAUUUAGCCAAAAGGAGCUCGUCCAACACUAACUUGUCGUUUAUAAAAGGGAUGCGAGGAGUUCUGCAAAUACCUGAAUCUUCUUCGGACACCCGCUUGCAGGUUUCUGAAAGUACAACCGAGGUGUCAUUAAAAAAUGACGAUUCCGAAGACGAAAUUAGAACCUACAUGAAGCCGGGUAGUUAUAAAACCCCGAAAAAGAAAAGCUUUAGUGAAUCGGUCGCAAACAGUCCCAGAUCGAUAGAGUUCUUCGAGCGAGCCCAGAACGUGCCAGCCCAUUACAGGAGGGUUACCACCGACCGAUCCGACUCUCAAAAUUCGGAGGGUGACAAAGCCUGGCGUUCUGCCAAGGACACUGCUCCCAAUUUCGUUAAGCGUAAGGAGAUAGUGAGCAUUCCGUCAGAAAUGUCAUCGGUGGACGACCAGCUGGAGACCCUCUUCGACAUCAGUUCGCAACGUGAAACGACGGAAAUCGAAAAUUGGAUCAGCGACAGCCCUUUCAACUGCGAAACAUCCCACGAAAAAGACUACGUGAACGUCAACGGGAAGUCCUUCUCGUCAAAACAGGUGACCGUUUUGCAAAGACCCAAAGUAAUUGAGGAGAAAAUGGGCGAAAAUGUGAAGCCCUAUCCCGUAGGCGAUGUCAUAGCAGCGUCCUUGAAGAGGAGUCUUCUACUCAAAGGGAACGGGACCGGCGACAUACAAUCUAGAACUUAUAAUAGAAAACGGGAUGGGAUUGAUACAAAAGGAUUCGUCAGCGGAGGAUUUUUGACUUCGAAAAGCUGUUCGAGUUACAGAAAGUCUUUCGGGGGUAAUUAUUGGGAACACAGGAACGGGGGACUCACCGAUUCGGCCAUCGAAGCCCUGCAGAACAUAGUUAAAGCCAUGGAAAUGACCGAGCUAUCGCUCACCAUGAAGGACUCACCACAGGCCAUUUUAGGAGGAAAAAGUAAUGUCAAACUGAUCGAUUUAAGCACAAUCAAACAAAAUCUUGAAUCGAAAAGCUAUGUGUACGUGAACGAAGUUGUGAGGGAUUUUAGACGAUUUAUUAAUUGCAUUGAAGCGUAUUUUAUUCAGAAAAGUGAAACUAGGAAGGUGACAGUGUUUCGAAAUAAAUUUGAAAAACUAUUGGCAAAUGAAUUUCCUAACGUAGAUUUUUCGUCGGUAUGCGGUGAUUUAAAUGAAAAUGUCGGACCAUUAAUUUUCAAGAAAGGAAGACCAUCAAAAAAGUUUUGCGAUGGAGAAGUAGAAUAACGCACAGUCUCCCUCACUCUCACACUCUCUUAAACAUUAAUAGCUUAUGAUUUAGUGGCAUUUGCCUUUUAUUGUUUAUUUAAUUAGCAGUUUAUCAAACGUACUGUUUAUAUAAUUACUAUUUUGCAGUAAUCAAAGUGCCCGCGUAUGCUUUUUUCUUUCACAGUUUUCUCAACUUUUUGUUUUCCAAACUUUUUUGUUUUAGCUUAUGAUUUGCGUUUAUUCUUAAAACGACCUACUUUUUCUCUUUGUUUAGAUUAUCACGUCUAUUGCUACCUCCUAAAACAAAUAUAUGCCGCUUGUAUCAAACGCAAUCCGCUCUUUAAAAUCCGAAAAAUUAAAAAUAUUAAGCAUUUAUGAGACAAGGGCAGUUUACUUUUGAUACAUUUGGUAUAUAGAACGUUUCUGGUCUUACCUUUUAAACUAAAACUACGCUUUUUAAGCUUUAAUAUAUAAAAACGUUGCUAGUAUGGGCAAAAUUAUUUAUUAACAAGAAUGGUCUCAUUUUUUUAAUAGAUCUUCGCCAUGAAAUUAUUUAAGAUGAUAAAA